CACUCCCCGGUCUCCCAUCUCUUUGCUCUUGUUAUUCCCUUUUUACAUUGUCCUGAUCUUCAUUGUCAGUCGCAAACAUGCCUCGCGCAGCAGCCGGAAGUACGAAGGCGCUCAGCAACAAGAUGAAAGCCAAAGGCUUGGGCAGGUUGCGAUGGUACUGCCAGCUCUGCGAGCGACAAAUGCGCGACGAGAACGGCUUCAAGUGUCACGUCCAGAGCGAAAGCCAUGUGCGCCAGGCGCUUAUCGUCGGCGAAGACCCCAAGAAGUAUAUCGAAGAUUACAGCAAGGAGUUUAUGAAGAAUUUCCUGGAUUUGCUGAGGACGACGCACGGCGAGAAGAAGGUCCAUGUCAAUCAGUUCUAUCAGCAGGUUAUUGCGGAUAAGGAGCACAUUCAUAUGAACUCUACGAAGUGGACGUCGCUUUCCCAGUUUACGGCGUUCCUGGGUCGAGAGGGGUUGGUCCGCGUCGAGGAAACGGAGAAGGGGCUUUUCGUGUCGUAUAUCGAUCGCAGUCCGGAGACCAUGAAGCGUCGGGAGGCGAUCAUGAAGAAGGAGCGCCAGGAUCGCGGAGACGAGGAGCGAGAACAACGGCAGAUUCAGGAGCAGGUUGAGAGGGCCCAGCAGAACGCGGAGAAGGACAACGAGAUCGAUCCAGAGGCGAGAAAUUUGCAACGGACGGAGGGAGAAAAGGUCAAGCUGAACCUCGGAUUUGGUCCUAAGCCCGCCGAACAACCGAAGUCCGAGUCCGAGUCGAAGUCGAAGUCGCCCGCGGAAGAAAACGAUGCACCCUCGGAAUCCCCAGCCCCGGCCCCCGCCCCAGUCGAAGCGGCUCCGCAGCCGGCCCCGAAAAUAUCGAUGUCGUUCGGUGGUGGUCAGAAGCCAAAGAAUGUGUUUGCUUCGGCGGCGAAGAAGAACCCUCUUGCUGGCAAGAAGGGUCCAGUCAUGGAGGCGCCCAAGAAGAUGUCGGAGCAGGAGAGAAUCAUGAAGCAGGAAAUGGAGGCGAUGGAGCGAAAACGCAUGCGUGGGCCAUCCGGGUUUCCGAACGCCAAACGCCCGCGAGUGACAUGAAUAACGAAGCUGAAUACUCGAUCCAACGUCCUACGAUUACAUCGAUACCCCAACAACUCCUCGCACUCCGUGAAACGGCUCCCUCGCAAUCUUGUUGCCGCCAGUGGGCAAUAUUUCCCAGCAAAAUGGCUGGUAUCGGUUAUUUGAGGAAGCGCGUCGCUCUUACGCCGAUAAACAACCGUGUCCUGAUAGACGAUAUGGGUGGCAUGGGGU